AUGGAUGGUCUGACACCUCUCCUGAGAGCAUGCAAGGUAGCGUAUGAGAGCGGACAUGGUACCGCCAAGCUCGUCCGGGAGCUCUUGUCUAAGCGAAAAGCCGAUAUUAAUCUGAAUGCCAAAUGUCCUUGUAGUGAUGAAAAGUAUGCGGGAAUGACUCCCCUCCACCUGUCUGCGCUCAUCCUUUCAGAAGCUGAGGAAAGCAAAGAGGACAUUACUGACGAGGAAGACAAUAUUUUCAGCCACGACAAGAGCAUUGAUGAAGAAAACAAGAGCCAUGAUAAAGCGAAGGAUAAGCUGCAAGAAGAAAGCGACGAACCGGACGACGAGCUCCUCAAGUUGCUCCUCGGCUUUGGAGCGGACCCUAACGCGAGGGAUGCCACGGGCUCUACAGCUCUUGUGCUGGCUGCGGAAGCCGGACACAUCAAGGCACUCCGUGCUUUGCUAGAUCACAAUGCCGACCCUAACGUCGGCAAUACUAGAGAGACCACGGCGCUGCACCUUGCCGCUCAGUCUGGCCACGUCGCCUGCAUCAAUCUGCUUGUGAAGAAGGGUGCGAAUAUGGAUGUAGCUAAAGUGGACGAAACGCCCAACCGCGGGCUUUGUGGUAUUACACCACUGGUACUCGCGGUAGGCCUAGAGCGGCUCGGUGCCGCCAAGGCAUUGUUUCGUCUCGGGGCAGAUAUCGGACGUGCCAUACACAUUGCCGCACUGUAUGGCGAGUUGGACAUUUUCAACGAGAUACAUGAAGGUUGCAAAAGACUUCCAGCCGAGGAGUAUUUGAAGUUGUGUGAGCUAGCAAUCCACGCAGCCAUCAUGUCUAACAAUGGAGGGCGCCUCGCCACGCUGCUCACCACGCCUGGCGUCAAAGCAACCGUGGCAGAUGACGACGGGUGGACGCCGUUGCAAUGCGCCAGGUCUUACGACCGUAAGGAGAUGCAAGCACAAAUUCUAGGCGCUGGCGCCACCGACGAGUCAUCAGGUGAGAUGAAGACACCUACUCAAUGGCACCUGGACGACCGGCAUGCCGCGCUCUCUCCAGGUAUAGGGACAGAGCAGACCCCGCGAGUGAGAGACCCGAAGAUUGUAGAGGUAUUUGGUGAGUUUGUGCUUUGUAACGCCUCUCUGAACCUUGAUCGCAAGCGCAUUAUUAACAUAUAA